GUUCCAUCUCCAUCACCCCACUCAAUACUCCGUAAUACCUUCUCAAUUCCAUAUUCUCCCCACAGAGUCCUGUGUUUUCAUUAUGACAGAAUUGACAUCACGGAGGUGACGGGAGCUUCCUUUUUUGAGCUAUUUAUAUUUACGUUAGAGGCAUGGCCGUAGUGGUCGGCCUCUCUGGGGCGUCGAGCUCUGGAAAGACAACCUUGGCUAGGCUUUUGCGCGAUAUCUUCCCAAAUAGCUUUAUCUUGCACGAAGAUGACUUCUACAGGGAAGAUAAAGAGCUUCCAACCAAGAACGGCCUCCUGGACUGGGACUGCGCCGAAGCCCUCUCUAUCCCCGACAUCAAAGCCUCCCUAAGCCACAUCCAAGACCACGGCACGUUCCCCGUAGGUCCGUCCCACUCCAAGCUCCGCUCCCGCCCCGAACCCAAUCUGAACGCAGCCCAGCCGCAAUUCGACUCCAAAGAAGACCGCAACGACGUCGGCCAGUGCCCCGUCUCCGACGCCGUGAUCGCGGGGCUGAAGGGUAGAGUUGCUGCGUGGACACAGCCAGGUAGGCCGGGGCAUGGGAUACUCACUUCGUCGGAGUCGGCGCUUCGUCUCUGUAUCUUUGAUGGAUUCCUACUGUAUGCGCCGUCUAUGGCGGAGAUACAGCCGCAUAUAGAUAUCAAGCUGUUCCUGCGUGUGGGGUAUGAGAAGGCGAAGGCGAGGAGGGAGGCGCGCACGGGGUAUGCGACGAUUGAGGGGUGGUGGGCGGAUCCGCCGGGGUAUGUGGAUAAGAUCGUUUGGCCGAACUAUGUUGAGGAUCAUGCGUGGAUGUUUGAGGAUGGGAAUGUGGAGGGGAAGUUCAGGGAGGAUAUCUUGAAGGAGACGGGCAUUCAUGCACAGUCGCAGCAGGGGCCGGAUGUGGACAUGGAGACCACGCUUGUGUGGACCGUGGAUGUCAUUAUGAAGUCUUUGGAGGAGAUAUCAUCAAGUCAUGUACUGGAUAGGGAUAUUCAAAUAUAGAAGGAAUUAUUCUGCAAUAAUGAACUGGUACAACCCAACUCAAUCAUUAGCGUGGAGCUCCAAUGCAAGGACCAGUUUCCCGCUCAUUAUAAUGCAUCUACCCGCAAUCAUCCCGUCACAUAUCGAACCAUUAAACCAAAAAAAGAAAACAUAACACCGCCUUGUCAAACAGUCGCAGUUGCUU